AUGGGAUGUAUGAAUGCUUCUGGAUAUAUAUCAGGACCUAUUGAACCAUUCUAUUAAUCUAACAAAUCAAAUUUUGAAGCAUUUUUAAUUGAACAAUUAACACUCCUAGGAUUUCAAGAAAGUUAAAUUGACAUUUCAAAAACUAUAGAAAUCAAAUUCAUGUAUCAAUUUAUUAUUAUCUAUCUAUAGACCAUAUCUUAAGGAAUUACAAACAUCUAUUUAAUAAGACAUCCACUCACCAUUCAAUAACAAUAUCUAUUUGGUCCCAGUCUUAACUAAUUAAUUAAGAGAAAUUUAUAUAAAAACAUCAGAAUUCUUAAUUAGAUUUCAAGAUUACAAAUUAAAUACAUUAAUAAAUAAAGUUGGACUUAAAUAUUAAGCACUUCUUAGAAUUGGAGAUCUAUUUCCAAAAUAAUUAAAUUUAAGAUUUUAUAAUAAUCAGAUCUCUAAAAUUCAAAUUGAUCCAAACAUUAUUAUAAUUGUCAUCAAUCAUAUAGACAUUGGUUAUACUCUAUUGCAAUUUAUUAGAGAACUAAAUCAAAACUUUUUGCUUGUCUUUCGUUAAGAUGACAAUGAUAAUUAAAACAUUAAUUUAUUCAUUGAAACUAAUUCAUUUUAAAGGUAUUAUCUUUAUAAUCUUUAGUUGCUCUGUAAUCAUUGGUGUUGAUGACAAAGAAGAUAGAUACAAUACUAUUAUAAAUCUUUAUACAAAAGUCAUAAAAAAAUAAAAGAAAAAUUAAAACUCUGAUUCUCAUUCCAGAAUACUUACUUAAUUUUUAAAUUAAGAAGAUUAAGAAUAAUUUUGGGAAGAUGGAACUCUUAUUUUCAAUUUUUUGAAUUCAACACAAACUCACAUUUCAAAUAAUACUUCCAUAAUUACAAUUUAAAAUCAUAAAAUCAUAUCUAUCAAUGAAUUUAAUAUUAAAGACCUCUAAUUUCAAUCAUAAAAGUCACUUUAAGAUAAAAAACACAUUGAUUAAUAUAUAUACAAGUCUAUUAAACAGAUCAUGAUCAAAGAACUUAUUUAAGCACUUUAAUUAAAAUCUUCAUAAUUCUCUCAAUAUUUCAAAUUGAAAUUGUCAACUUAGAAGAUUUAUAAGGAUUUGAAAUUACAAUAAAAAAUUUAUAUGCCUUCCCAAUUAAAAUUGCAGAAUGUUAAUGAAAUUGAUAGUAAAACUUAAGAAAUAUUAACAAUCAUUAAAAAAGCUUCACAUGAUACUUUGAUCAUUAAAUAAUCAUCCAAAUUUCAAUUACCUAGUAAAGUCAGAAUCUAUUAAAUCUUGUAAUUAAUCUUUAAGGAUUAAGAUGUUAGUCAAGUGUAAAUUAUAAUAAAUUCCAUCUUACAUAUACAAUGGAGUCUUGGAGAUGAAAUAAUUAAUAGUUAAUUCAAUAUCCAAAAUUAAAAUUACUAAAAUUAUAAGUACAAAUGGAAAAUGAUCAAAUUUUAUGAUAAUUACAAAAUCACAAAUCUUGCUCAACCAAAAAAACAAUAGAUCUUCUUUUAGGCUCAUUAAUUAUUAAAAUGUUUAAACAGAAAAUCUGAUUUAGAAAUAUUAAAUAAAAUCAUAAAUUAAAUAAUGAUUGAUAAAUGGAGUGUAAAUGAGGAAUACUCUCCUAUUUGUGAUGUUUAUUAGAUAUCAUUUAUUAAUUCAACUUCAGUUGAUGAAACCUCACAAUAUCAAGAGAAAUUAGAUAAAAUAGUUGUCUCAUAAGAGGUAUGUAAUAAUCUCUAUUAUUAAGAAUUAAUAUUUAAUUAUAUUUUUAAUGGAUUACUAGGAUCCUCAAAGAAUGAGUUAACUUGAUUAAAUUAUUUCUCUUCCUUUGUAAAUGGAUAUUAAAUUAAUCAUUUUAAGCAAUUCGGAAUUCGAUAAUGAUAAUUUUGAAUAGUUAAUAAAUAAGAAGAAAAUUGAAAAAAGAAUUUAUCAAAAGAACAUUCAAUUUUGGUUUCCAAUAUCAUCUCAAAUUAAUGAUAUGCGUUUUUCAUAAUAUUUGGAAAUCUUCUACAAUCUCAACUAAAAAGAAAAUGUUAUUAUUAUUAAUAAUAAAAAUUAAUUAUGUCAUAAAAUUACAGGAUUCCAACUUAUAAAAAUGCUUUAGGAGAGGAAUUAUUAAGAAGAUGAUAAAAAAUAUAAUUAAAAUACUACAAGUGCAGGCAAAAAACAACAUUAAAAUAAUAAUAAUGAGCAAUUAAAAAAAGCAAGAUAACAAUUGAAACAACACAUCGAGAAAGAAAUAAAGCAAUAGUAGUAAUUAUCACUAUAGAAUGAGCAGGAUCAUUCAACAAAUAUGAUUUUAGAUUUUCAAUGGGCAAAAGAGAAGUCUAUUAAAUUGGAUGGAUAGUAGAAGAUAUCUGUUAUUUCUAAACAAUACUUUAAACCAAUAUUUAAUAAUAAUAGUGGAAUAUAAUUUGAAAUAUUUUAAUAGAUAAUUUCUAAUAAACAAUACGAUUUUUAAUGA